UCGCCUCUGGGUACUGUUAAUGGCUGCCUCAUUUCAGUUUUUGUGUCUACUGCGAAAAAGUUUGAAAAUUCUAGUGGCAAACGGUUCCAAACGUUCGCAAACCGUGCAGCAAUCGCUAGUAUCGUUUUGUAAAAAGUAGUUUUUAGUGUUCGUAAGCUAGAAAAUUGUAAAUUGUGUAUGAAAUUUUGCAUAAGAAGAACGGAAAAUCCAUUUUUCUCGAUAUUUGCAAUCUGUUCCUUGUGUGGGUUCGUGUGUGUGUGUGUGUGCGUGCCAACAAGCAAAGAAGUGCAAGGAGCCCCAUUAAUUUUUCCUCUUGGGCCGUAGUCGUCCGUCGUGUAAGCGAGAGUGCAUCGGCACAGACAGUCAAAUAAAAAGAGUGGUGGGAAAGGAAUAGGAAAACAUCUGUGAUAAAAUCGUGCGUGUGAGUGAGUGAGAAAGUCCCAAAGUGUACCACAAGGGGAAAAAAGAAGGGGGCUGUGACGUUUUCAUUUCUUGUGUGCCCCAAAAUCGUAUCGCGUAGUUUUUACAAUCGAGUGAAAGUGUGUGCGUGUGCGUAGACCGUGAACUGUCAAACACGAUACUGCCCCGUGUGGUGGUGUUAGUGCUAACGUCAGGAAACGAGUAAAAAAGAAACUUUUUCCUCAGCGAAGCGAACGAGUCAGUUUUCUACACAAAAGUUAAAUCCGUGGGUUGUUUUCGCAUCUUGCAAGUUUAAAAGAGACAAUGUCGGACGCGAUAAAUAUGGAUUUGCAGUCGUCGAUGCUGUUGGAAACAUUACGCCAGACGCCCAGUAUACAGGAUAACAACCAUCAGGAUAGUGGCGGUGGCGGAAGUGCUGGAGAUGGUAAUGCGAAAAGUACUUCCUCGUCGUCGCUUUCGUCAUCAGCGGACGGUGGGGGAGGCGUUGUUGGCAUUAACUCUGACGGCACCAGUGAAAAGAAUGCACUGGAAGCAAUGGAUCCGGCAAUCAUGUCAACGUCGGCACCUUCCGGCAGCGACUCUCCAGUUUCCGGAAGUGGUAGCAGCGAAAAAUCGAACAGGACGCGGUAUUCGGUAAACCAGCUGCUGGCACUGCGGAAUUUGGAACUUUCCAAAAAGAAGCCAGCCUUCAUGGUUGAGCCGAGGUCCGAAAAGCUUGCUAGAAUGUUUAUCAACCUGGACAGAGGUACGGUUAGGUACGGGAAAAGUGUAUCCUCUAUGGGUAAAACAUCGGAAGCGCCGUAUGAGGACGAAAAUGGAGGAGGGAAUGGAUCAUCUGGGAACUAUGGACGAAAUCGUGUCGCUAAUGGCUCUAAUGGCGGGAACACUGAUGGAUCUUCUAGUGGUGGAGGUGGCCGGAUGGAUAUGCGUCGUUCCGGUGGGAUGGAUUUGCGUGAUCCAAAAGAUCGAUUACGUAAGGAAGAUGGAAUUGUCCUUUCGCCACAAAGGAGAUCGUUCAAUAUGGGUUGUCAGAUGCCUGCGGCUCCUGGCGCAAACGCCAGCGGGUUGAACAUUGGAGGAGGCCUGCUUCGAAACGAACGAGAUCUUCUUGGGGGAAGGGAAAGACGCAUUGGCAGUGGACGCAUCUUGUCACGAGAUGUAUCCUGGGAUUAUCGUCCGGACAAGGAUGCACCGGAAAGCAAUGAUUUUCGUGCGUCGGGCAACGCUAAUUACCGAGAACGGGAACGCGAUACACGGGAUUCUCGAGAUACUCGUGAUACCCGUGAUGCUCGAGAAACUCGUGAUACCCGUGAUGCUCGAGACACUCGUGAUACUCGUGAUGCUCGAGAUACGCGAGAAAAUCGAGAUACUCGUGAUACUCGAGAUCCACGGGAUUCCCGAGAUCGUAACGAUCGUGACAAAGAUUUUCGAAAGGAUUACGACCGAGAUCGUGAUCGGGAGGAACGCUUCGAAAGGCGUCCGCUUAAUCGGGAUUAUGAUCGAAACGAUAAGGAUACUCGCAAUUCGCGAAUGUCUUCACGGUAUUCCAAUGCGUACAAUUCGAACAACGAUUCCCACGGAGGCAACAAUUACCAUUCCAAUAAUUACAAUCAUUACCAUUCGUCUCACCACGACCGUCGUCGAUUGUACAGCGACCACGGCCGAGACGAAGAACCCGAAUGGUUCAGUGAGCCAACAUCACAAACAGAUACCAUAGAACUGCGUGGUUUCGACGAUCCGGUAUCCGAGGAAGAAACUAAAUCGGACAAGGAUGACUCUCGGGACGAUUCGAAGCAUGAUCUGCUGGACGCUAAACAAGCGGAGGAAGUCAAGCCCCCGUCGUCAUCGCUUCAGAACGACAAAAACAACAACGCUGACGCUUCCGACGUCCUCAUGCUCGGCAGAAGCGGGGCCAGUAACGAUAAAACGAAUGCCAACCAACUACUGACACCAACCAGUCCUAAUAAGGCCCAAAUAAAUCGUACGCCCGGCGACGGUGCCAGCGAGAGUUCCGCCAAAUCUGCGCUAACAGCGACGCUUGGUAUAUCGAACACACUUGGACCGUCCAAGAUCACGGACGAUGACUUCAAUUUUGAGGACUUCCUCAAGCUUGAUGCACUGCCAAGUAGUUUGUUAUAUCCGGAUCUACCAGCCAGCAAGGACACCGGAAGUACCGGCGGCUCCCGAUUCUCGCAAUGGUUCAAGCCGGACAACACGUCCCAACCGCAGCCUUCUCAACAAUCCGGGCUCAAUCAACAACAGCAGCAACCGAAACAACCGGCGGCGUCGCACUUUGCUGACAGUCGUCGUUCUUCCCUUCAAGAUGAAAUUAACAACAUGAUCAACGAUUUUACAUCCACCGGAUUAGACGAUCAGAUGUCGGAUUCGAAUUCCAACAAAUACUUUGCUCCGAUCUCUCCUGCAGCCAGUACUUCGUCCAAUUCUCUACUAGAGUUGUUCCAGCGUGGCGAUAAGCAGCAACAACAACAACAACAGCAACAGCAGCCAUCUCAGCAUCGUGAUCGAGAUCACCACCCGCAGCAGCAGCUUCAGGCACAGCAACAGCCAGGUCACCCGCAUGGUCAUCCGCUUUUGGGUCAUCCAUCGAACCAUCCAGCAUUGCACCAUCAGCAACAGCAACAACAUCAUCAACAAAUACAAAAUCGAAAUCUGCAACAGUUGCUUGGCGUUUCCGGUAGCGGCAAUAUUGGUAAUCAUGGUCCACAUGGGCCAAUUCCUCCGGCACCGAGCGGUGGCCAGAUACAUAGCGUUGAAGAACUUGAAGCUCGUUUCCGCCAAAGCGAUAGCGAUGGAAACACUCGUACCGCCGGAACUGGACCAUCUAUUCCGAGACUAAUUACACCAUCAUCAGCCAGCGGUGGAGGAAGUGCUGCUGGUGGUGCUGGAGCUGGCCAUCUAUCCAACGAUGCCCAACAACAGGAGAUGAAUGCUUUCAAGAAGCUUCUGGCUCAAAUUUCAGAAAAUCAACCGCACAAUGCCCAACCUACCCCGGCUGCUCAUCCUCCUCAUCAUCAAUCUCAUCCUAUCAAUAUAUUGCAUCAUCAACAGCAACAAAACGAACUCCUCCAAAAGAUGUUGCAUCUGAAUCAAAUGCAUCACCCGGUCAACGAUGGUCGUCAGACCGAAAUCCUGAAGCGCCCGGAAGCACAGGCCCUACUCCACGGUGUUGCUCGUGGAGAAGUGACGCAGCACAACCUGUGGCAACAGCUGACUAACCCUGCCACAGCGCAGCCACAUCGCGAAAUCCUCACCUCUGUUCUCAGCACCAUCAACACCAGUCCUCGUGUCGUUUCGCCAAAUAUUCUCAUCCAACCGAGCCCCGGUGGUGUUCCCAUACUUCCGCCAGCAACAGUUCCACCAGCCGCGGCGGCCGUUGCUGCAGCUGCUGCUGCCAACAGUGCAAAUCUGCUCUUUCAGCAUCAUUCCAAGCAGCAGAUGCGGCUUUCGCCACUACCCAAUGGUAUGCCGCAAAGAAUUCCUUCUCCCCGGGAGCUUCAGUAUCACACACAGUCAAUUAUGCAAAAUGCGCUGAUUCGCAAGAAGCUCGAAGAACAAAGGGAAAACUAUCGCAAACGUCAGGAACAACAGCAGCAACAGCAACAGAAUCGUAGCCAGCCGGAAGCAAGUUCUGCUCCAUCUUCAACGACUUCGUCUACAACGACAUCAGCAACAACAACGGGAGCCAGUUCGUUGGCUCCUUCAGCCAUCAACCAACAAAUUGGAAAUCAGCUGACAAACAGUACCGCAAAUAGCGCACCAACCACUGUUGCUGCUUCGCCUGCUGUCGCAACCCCGGUGAUGACUAGUACCAUUGCUUCCCCAGCCAAGCAAACUCCACCAUCGCAUUCCCACUCCCAGCACACAUCCUCUCCUACGCCGUUGGCUUUUACACCAACAUCCGUUUUGCGUAAAAUGACUGCCGAGAAGGAAAUUGAGCCGCUUUCGUCCAACAAUUCCUCCAUCAACACACCAUCAAGUUCGGCGUUGCCGAAUGCUCAACCCAACGAUCGUCCCCCGCUUGGAGCCGGUGGUCAUAAUCAGAGUCUUCUAAUGGGACUCAACAACCCUCUGACCCAGCAACAGCAGCAGCAACAGAGAAACUUGGCCGCCCUUAUUGGCGCACAUCCACCGCUUCAGCCACCGCACAGCCAGCCUCCAGGGCCACCGCCGCAGCUGCCCCAUCACCACCUAGCAGCUGGACAUCAUCCAAGUCCAAUGGGUGCUCCGCAGCCAGCCCAGCCGCCACAACCAAAUUCACAGCAGAUGCGCGGUGGUCAUCAGCCACCGGGAAUGCCCGGCGGUAACAUUCCCUGGAAUCUGAAGCAACCACAUCCGGGUCCGCAGAUGCCACCGAUGUCGAAGCCCCAGGGCAGGCCAAUCUUGAAAGGCGGCAAUACCCAGCCACAACCACCGCAGCAACAGCCGCACCCUUCACCAAUGUCGCAGAUGUCUUUCGCUUCCAACCUGGAAUUCCAGCAGCAAAUGCAGCAGUUCCAAGGCCGCAGUGGCAAUCCGAUACUCGGAGCGCACCAAUCGCAGCAACAGCAGCAGCAACAAUUGCUUCAGCAGCAACAGCCCCACAAUCAACACCAGACCCAGAUGAAUCCCCACCUGCAGCAGUUGCUGCAGCAACGCCAACAACAACAGCAGCGUGCCAUCCGCAAUCAACACAUGCAGCAGAUUCCACCGUCGUUCCGGAUGGGUCCUCAGCAACCACAGCAGCCGCAAUCUCAAGGUCAACAUUCCCACCAGGGUCCACAGCAGACGCCAGGUGCUUCGGGAAUUAUCAACUACAACCGCGACGGAGGUCUGUCGCCUACCAGCAACCAACUGGCCCGGUGGUUCUCACCUGAACUGCUCGCACAGGCCUCGGCCGGUAAGUUACCAUCGCUCAACGUUGGCCAGGCCAUGAGUCUAGAAGAGUUCGAACGAAACAUGCAACACUCUUCGGCCACUGUGCACAACUGAGUGCUGGUCAAUGCUGCAUCCCCGACUAGACGUGCUGCUGCUCCGCCACCAUUACCACCACCUUGGCUGGAUGGGCCUCCGUUCCAUCGGUUGGUGGAUCAUCGCAGGGAGAACAAAUUCAUCUGCCGGCCAGAGUAAGUUUAUAAUCGCUAGUAGUUUACUCUCCUUUCAAAGCAAUCUAAUCGGCCGUCUCUCUAGACAUUUCUUGUCUGUCAUUGUAUUUGGACAUUGAUAAAACGACUAGUAUCAAAUUGUGUAGAUCACACCUAGGAAAAACUUUAACCCGACAAUUGCUAUAGCUACACACUGAGACACACACACACACACUCACACAUAGUUCGCUCUGAUAGAGAGCGCAGCGCAUUAGUAUUUUCCUUAAUUUUCUUGUACCGUGGUACCGAACGCAUACUGGAUGGACACUAGUAUAUUACUGUAUAAGAAUCAGCAUCCGAUUUGUAAUAUGGCUGCAACCGUUGAUUGUUAAACCUUCUGGCAAAAGAAAAA